AUGGCGGAUUCAGUUAUGGUGCACCCGGCUUGUUUUGCUGCCUUGCUGUCCCUUCUAACACCCUGUGGACCCCCUUCCACUGGGGUUUCAGACGAGUUCUUAUACCCAAUGACAGUUUUGCGAUGGAAGCGAUCUUGUAUUGGUCAUCUUCAUGUUACACAUAGCGCAGAAUAUCACCUGAGCGGAAUCAAGUUGCUGGUACCCCAGGAUAGUGAAUGCAUCAGACAUGCAUUUCGUCUACCCUAUCAAUGUAGAGAUCCGCACAUGCGUCAUGGGAUCACAUACCGCGACACGGACGAAGAACCAUCAAUUGCAUUUUGGCCCUGCUGA